UUUCAUAAAAGAACGUGUGAGGACGUAAGAACAGUGGGAUCAGGGGGAGGUCAAAGGAAAGAGUAGAGGGGAGGUGAAGGGAGAGAAGAGGGUACUGAUGGAGAUGAUGAGCUCCGGGUGCAUCGCAGGAAGGUGCUUGGAAGCCCGGGCCCCAACUAAGGUGGGCUUUGUGAGGCUGAACAAGUGGGCAGAGUCGGAUGCGGAGUUCCUGAAACUGAAAGCAGAGAAGGAGAGUUCUGGUUCCUCCACAAGGCAGACAUGGCGUGAGAGCUAUACCUGCAGGCAGAGGUACCUGAGGAGCUACACCUUCUCCAAGAAGGAGACAGUGGCAGAGAGGACAAAGAAGUGGUUCGAGGAGAAAAAGGGGAAGGAGAGGAGGAAGAGGACCAGGUCUGUUGGUGGGGCUUCUUGUUUUGGUUCUGGUGCUGCAGUUGAUUGCUUGUUUUCUUGCGUGGUGAGCAUAGAUGUUGCAGAGCGCUAAGAGUCGUUGAUAGAAAGAGGUAUUUAGUGGGAUCAUAACACUAGAUUUGUGAUCUUAAGAAUGUUAUUGGGCUUAUAGCAAAAAAAGAAUGUUAUUGGGCAUUAUGA